GCGGAGGCGUCAUGAGGUCCAGCCCGGCGGCGGCGGGCCAGAGCCGGCCCCCCGACAGCUCCCCCAGCCUGGCUGCGCACUCUCUGCAGGCCUCCGAAGACGAGACUGUUGGCGAUGCCCAGAGACAAUAUUUGAAUCUAUCUAUGGAAAAUUCACGGAGAAUCAAUCCUUUCGUAUUGCACAAAUUACGUGAAUUAGACAAAGACAUUAAAAAUGGACUGGAAGUAAUUUCAUUGAAUUUGGCUGGUAACAAUCGCUUAAUACCAGUAGAAAGAUUAACAGGUGAAGAUUUUUGGAUUCUUUGUAAAGUUUUAAAGAAGAUCCGAAAUAUUGAAAGGUUGGAUGUGAGAUAUAAUACCAUUGGUGAUACUGGUGCGUUAUAUGCUACAGAAUUGUUUCAGAAACACCUGAAUCUCAGAUAUAUAAACCUCAUGUUUAAUGGUAUUGGGCCUGAAGGUGGAGAACUGAUUGCUAACGCAUUAUUUAUGAAUGAAACUCUCAAAUACCUACGAAUGACUGGAAACAAGAUUGAAAAUAAAGGUGGGAUGUUUUUUGCUUCAAUGCUUCAAAUGAAUUCAUCUUUAGAAAAAUUAGAUCUGGGUGACUGUGACCUGGGAAUGCAAAGUUUGAUAGCAUUUGCUACGGUCCUAACUCAAAACCAAACACUUAAAGGAAUCAAUUUAAAUCGACCUAUACUAUAUGGUCAGCAGGAAGAGUCCACAGUUCAUUUAAGUCACAUGUUGAAAGAAAAUCACUGUCUCAUUGAGCUACACAUAUGCAAGCAUGAUAUUAAAAACUGGGGUAUGAAACAUUUGUGUGAGGCACUAUAUCUGAACAGUAGCCUCCGCUACCUUGAUGUCAGCUGCAAUAAAAUAACUCGUGAUGGAAUGAAGUUUUUGGCUGAUGUGUUGAAAAAUAAUACCACAUUGGAAGUAAUAGACCUUUCUUUUAACAGAAUAGAAAACGCAGGAGCAAAUUAUCUUAGUGAAACUCUUGCUUCACACAACAGAAGUCUUAGAGCGUUGUCAGUAGUAAGCAACAGUAUAGAAGGAGAAGGACUUCUUGCACUUUCACAAUCAAUGAAAACAAAUCCCAUAUUCUCUCAUAUUUACAUUUGGGGAAACAAAUUUGAUGAGGCUACAUGUAUUGCAUACGCAGAUUUAAUUCAAACGGGACAUCUCAAGCCAGACAGUACAGAUGUGGAGCCAUACACAGUGGAUGGACAUGUGUAUCUUGCAGAAGUCUCUAAUGGCCUUAAAAAGCACUAUUAUUGGACACCAACUUACGGAGCUGCUUAUAGUCACUCAGCAAAUGUAGGAACUACUCUUGUAGGCCAAGAACUAUGAAAAAUGAGUCUUAG